CUGGUUUCAGUUCCUAAUCACUUUCAGACCAUGUUAAAAACAAAGCUGAAUGUUUUAACUCUCCGGAAGGAGCCUCUCCCGACCGUGAUCUUCCACGAACCAGAAGCUAUUGAGCUGUGCACCACAACUCCGCUCAUGAAGACCCGGGCUCACACUGGAUGCAAGGUGACGUAUUUGGGUAAGGUUUCCACAACAGGGAUGCAGUUUUUGUCAGGCUGCACAGAGAAACCAGUCAUCGAGCUGUGGAAGAAGCACACGCUCGCCAGGGAGGAUGUUUACCCAGCAAACGCCCUGCUGGAAAUUCGCCCUUUUCAAGUCUGGCUGCACCACCUGGACCUCAAAGGCGAGGCGACGGUCCACAUGGAUACCUUUCAGGUUGCACGCAUAGCCUACUGCACUGCUGACCACAACGUCAGCCCAAACAUCUUUGCUUGGGUGUACAGGGAGAUCAACGAUGACUUGUCCUACCAGAUGGACUGCCACGCGGUAGAGUGCGAGAGCAAGCUGGAGGCCAAGAAGCUGGCCCAUGCCAUGAUGGAGGCCUUUAAGAAGACUUUUCACAGCAUGAAAAGUGACGGCCGGAUUCACAGGAAUAGUUCAUCAGAGGAAGUCUCUCACGAAUUGGAGUCUGAUGAUGGCUGACUGAACAGGCACGCGGCUCAGCAAAGGCAGAAAUGGCCAAGGGAAUGAGAGCUGAUAGGUGACUACGCAACAGUUGAAAUUGGGGAAUGAAAAGACUGCCAAACACUUGGCUGACCAUAUUUUUAAGUCAAAAGAGCAAUUCAGUACCUAAAGAUAUGCAUCAUUAAAGUAAUUGCAUUACCUUGAAAUCUGCUGCUGUUACAAACGUGAGAAAAAAGCUUCUUUUUCCCGAGUUUCUCACCCACUCAUCACUGACCCUUUCUUGUUUCUAUAGUUCAGGGGCAUACUAGGAAGUAGAUUCACUCCUGUUUGUCUUAUAAAAGCAGUCGGGUGAUUUUAUUAGAUGCUGCUCUGGCAUUCAUAGCUAGGAGCUGAUGCUGAUACAGAAGAGCAACUAGGACAGAAAAGCCCUGAUGAGUCCAGAAGAACCCUUCUGCACGAUGUAUCGCAAAACCCUUUGACCCCAUGUAGGUUAUAACAGCCAUACACAGCCUUUUAGACUAAUGGCCUGGCAUUCUGUAGUUAAUUCACAUUUCACAGAUUAAAAAAAAAAAAAGAAAAGAAAAAAAAAUGCUUGUAUUUACACAUUAUAUCAUAUGCUAUCCUUUAUUUUAUUCAUUAUACCUAUUUCCUUAACAUAUCUGCAGCCACGUCUUUCACACCCAGCGCCAGUAGCUGCAGUUGCAGACUAUGUACUGCAGGAUACCAAAAAGGGCUGGGAGAAAAAACCCGCGGUGGCCAGGC